CCGUGCUUUGCCUCUGCGUGUGCGGCCGUUGUGGGUUGGUCUGCCGCAACCCAACACAGCACGGCUAAGGGGAUGGGGCUGUAUGGUUAUUGAUGAGGUGGAUGAGGAGGGAGAUAGCAAGAGAUCAGGAGAGAGAGAGAGAGAAAGGGAGAAAGGGAGAAAGAGAGGGGGAGGAAUGGGCGGGGAUCCAUGACAUGGCAGUCCUAGGAAGCCUUCGGGAUGUUUGGUCGGUAGGGAGUGCUAUCAGUGGAAGGUAAAGGUGUUUUACAUGCUAAAUCAAUUGGAUCAUUAUGGGUCAACUACAUGUGCUUAGAGGACUGGGCCGUUGGCUACGCUAGGUGAUUACUAGAGCUGGACAUACACCUGCAGUAUGGGACUCACCUGCUUCAAGUCUUGGAAGUACAACAGCGCCACUCAGAAAGGUGGGAACAGAGACGUGCUGGUCAGCCCUGGCUCAUAUUUCUUCCUCUCCAACAGCUGUGGUCAGGGAGAGGAGUGGCUCAAGACCCUCAACAAGGGUGUCUGGAUACCCUUUACAGGCGUGUUUGGCCAGCGGUUGGAGGAGACUGUUCUGUACGAGCGGCGUUACGGGGUCCACAUGGCACCUCUGGUGGUGGAGCAGUGUGUGGACUUCAUCCGGGAGCGGGGGCUUCUGGAGGUAGGGCUGUUCCGCCAGCCAGGCCAGGCCACGCUGGUCAAAGAGUUGCAGGAUGCCUUCGACGCUGGGGAGAAGCCCUCCUUUGACAGCAGUACAGACGUGCACACCGUGGCGUCUCUCCUGAAGCUUUAUCUGCGGGAGCUGCCAGAACCACUCGUGCCUUUCUCCAGAUACCAGGACUUCCUGGUGUGUGGCAAAAAGAUCUCCUCUGAGAGGAAGCACGGUUUGACAGAACUACAGCAUCUUAUUCAUGAACUUCCAGUGGCUAACUUUAACCUGCUAAACUACAUCUGCCAGUUUUUGAACGAAGUCCAGUCCUAUUCCAGCGGCAACAAGAUGAGCACCCAGAACUUGGCGACUGUUUUCGGGCCUAACAUCCUACGACCCAAAGCUGAAGAUCCAGAGAGUAUCAUUGGAGGGGCAGCCGUGGUGCAGCAGCUCAUGUCUGAGCUGAUCAGGGAGCACCGGUGCCUUUUCUCCAGGGAGGGGAGAGACGUAGACGCCCCCGGUUCCUCACGACCAGACUCUUACCCCUGUCAUAUAUGGAAAGGAGACCCAUUCGAGGGGGCGCACACCCAGCCCCAGUCGCAUGACUCCAGGCUGGGCAUAACAGCCAAGCUCCUCCCCCAACAACAGCUAGCCCACCAUCCUUCCCCUUGCUCCCGCCAGCUCUCCGUGCCUCUGAUUGCUGAGAGGAGAGGGUCGGCCCAAAGCCGGCGUGAAACCAGCUUAGCCUCACGCCUGUUCAACACAGACAACCAGCAGCCAGCUGAGGGGUUCUCUCCAUUGAUCCCUGCUGUUGGGUCUCUGUACCACAGAUACACUCUGUCCCAGUCAGAGUCCCAGCCCCCUGAGAAAGCACACAGCCCCCACCUUCACCCUCACCCUGCCUCCCCACUCACAGCCUCUGCUUCCACUGUGACGAUACAGGCUGACCCAGACCACAGCAGCAGCAUGCUGCCCAGUGGCUGGACAGGCCCAGAUGAUCCCAGCUGGGCUGCAGAGCAGGGGACCACUGGCACCAGUGGAAGCAGUGAGGCUCAGGACAGCACUCUGUCUGUCUAUGACAACUUGGACACACUCCAAUGCAUGGAUGAGGUGGCUGCUGAUGGUGGUGCGGGCAGCCCAGCUGGUACAGUGGAGGUGGAGGCGGGCACGGCAAGCGUGGCAGACACCAGCAACUCCUGGUCCUCCUUUGAGAUCCUGCACCUGGACGACAGUGGGAGUGGUGUGGUUAGAGCUAGCCUAGGACGGGGGUCCACCAGGUUCCCCUCCUUCAGGACUGACCCAGGAGAGGAGGACCUCCAUCCUAACUCCCCAGCCUCCUCCUCUGUCCCCAUUGAUGACCCCCUGAGCACGGGCAGCUCGGAGGUCUUCCUGCCCUCUGCUCCCCCUGACCCCCACGGCCCCCCGGCCUCCCAGGCCAUGUACUGUCUCCUGGCUGGCCUCAGGCAACAGAUGGCCAGGCAGAGGGCUGAGUUCGAGGCCAAAAUCCAGAGGUUUGAGCUGCGUAACGAGGCCCUCCAUGGGGAGGUGGUGGGACUGCGGGCCAGCCUGGAGCAGCAGCGCCGCUGGUACAGCGUGGCCGAGAUCAAGAUCCGCAAUGUGGAGCGUGCCCGGGCCGACGCCGACCGCCGCAACACCACGCUGCAGAGGGAGAUGGAGCAGUUCUUUGACACCUUCGGAGAGCUGAGAGCUGAGACCAGGAAGAGCGAGCGCAUCGUACAGAGCUUCUGAUGGCCAGUCAGAUUAGAGAAAGAUUACACUAUCAGAGCACUACAACAGCAGCAUCAGGAGCAUGCAAACACCCAUGAUCUGAAUGGAAUGUAAAUUGAACUGUCUGUUGCCAUGAUAAAUCCAUAUUGGAUUUGUCUCAUAAUGAUACAUGUUUGAGGAUGGUUCUAAGAAAGCUUUGAGAUGGAACCAGCUGGGAUGGACAACUCUACUCGGAUGCCUUGGACCUAAUAUAGUUCAACCAGACACAUUGACAACCAUACCAGAACAGAAUGAGAUGGAGACGAUGGAGAGUAACACAAGCUAUUGAACUCACUAAAAGUUUCUAUGACUGAAAUGAGCCCUAUAAUAUACAGAAUCAAAGCUUGGAGAAUGACACUUACUGGAUCUAUAAUGGAAUAUAUUGGCUGACAGCUGGCCGUUGGGAUAACAGAGCCCCAGACCCAAUCAGUAAGUCCUGAGCCACAUAGGAAAAGUACUGAAAGAGAUGUGGAACACCGUGAUCGUCUAGGAAUUAACAGAACAAGCCCAUGGACCAGGGGUAUUCAAAUCUUACCCUAUGAGGUCCGGACUACUGCUGGUUUUAUGUUCUACCUUAAAAUGAAUUGCACCCACAUGGUGACCUAGGUCUAAAUAAAUUCCUGAUUAGAGGGAAAUAAUUUUUUAAAAAAGCAGUGAAACUGGCUUCGAGGUACAGAUUUGAAUUUGAGGGCCAUAGAAAAACAAGGUGUUGAAAUGCAGAAAGGAUGCACUAUUCCCAAUCUUUGACAAAAUCCCACAUCCAUUUAGACACCGUGUGAAAGCUGAUCUUAAAUAGAUUCUGAUUUAGUGUAUCCAAGUAUUUGCAUAUUGUUCUGAGUUUGUCUAAGAGUCUAAGAAAAGACUAAUGUUACUGAUGCAUUUUUUCCCACUGCUAUAAUUAUGAAUGAUUAUAUAAUUUGGGACCCAUCUGAACACUAUUUGAUGACAGAACAGGCUGAGUAACACCUUUCAACAGUUCAAAUUGUAUUUGUCACAUGCUUCGUAAACAACAGGUGUAGACUAACAGUGAAAUGCUUACUUACGGGUCCU